AAGGACAUGAUACAAAAUCACCGCACUCCUGAGAAAUGCUGUGGUUAUGUUGUACCACACCAGAUUCAAAGAGGAAGCACUCAGCCAACUCAACACAACUGCAACAUCCAGGCUUUACUAAAGCAAACUGAGAGAAGUAGCAAAUAUUUAUCAUCCUUGUGAUUCUACAGCAGUGCUAGCUGCUUGCUAACCUCCCACAUUCAGCAGAGUCCUCACUGCAAGAGAAAUGAACAGAAGAGCUUUUACAAAACCUCUCUGCAUGUGCAAAGCAGAGACACUGGCACUGGAAGAUCGAGAGUUGAGGUCACCCUAUAAUUUAAUUUCUAAGGAAUUGGGGCUCUCAUACACUUCUUUUUUUUUUUUUUUCUUUCUGUAUGUUCUCACCUUAAAUCACUGCCAGGUGCACUCAUGCUUUAUAUUUUUGGGCAGUCUAGGGAGGAUAGGAAGAGCUGGUGGAGCAGAACUUGACACAAUGGUUUGCUUUCUGCUCUUGCAUUUACAAAAUAAAUUAAAAUGGAUUCACAGGUAAGGAAGAAGGACUACAAAUCCAAAGCUCAGUACCACAAGGACUGAAGCUGCUGGAGGAGCACCACGUUCCCUGCAAGGUGGAUACAGAGAAUAAGGCAGUUUGUUUGGGUUUUAAUCAUUUUCUGGGAGCUCAGAUUGAAAAGACAGGAGUGUCCAGGCGCCUCCAUAUGUAACACGGUUGUGCGUUUGGAACACUUCUUGAGAAAAAACGAGGUUGGCAGACAGACAGCAUGAGGUAUGAGCUGCCUUUCCUAUAGGAAACCAGGCUGGAAAUCAGGUCCCUUCCAAAAAUCGCACAGAAGUAGCAGCAGAAUUGUCUUCUUUUCAUUUUAUAACCUAUCAUUUUGUGACAGUUUCUUCGUAACACACUCACAACCAUCAAGACGCAGACCAAUGAAAUUAACAGAGAUGGAAAACGCAAAUCUAGGGUUCAGAGAAACCACACCACCAUGUAACCAAGAGCAGCAAUGCCUACAAUAAAUGUUAUCCUUGAGGAACGUUACUAAAAUCCCAGACUGAACACAGAGAAGACGAAUCAGAAGACACGUGAAGGAUGGGAUGGGAAGGACACUUUCUGGGAGGUUUGGAUGAGUUUAUUAAUCUCACGACAUAGUGCUCCAUUGAGAGACUCUGGUUCAGAUGAAGAGGGAUUUGAGGAGAAAAGUGGAAACCCAACACCUCAGCCACUGGUCUGGGCGCUUAAUAUUAGGCGAUACAUUGACAUUACACUGUUUUUUCGUUCGCAACAUGCUAUCGCUGGCAUAGGGAGGUCGGUGCAAGCACUCAGCGUUUCAGCCCAACAAAUUUGAAGAGGGCGGGAUAUUAAACCGGAAUAAAAAGCCAAAUAUCAACAUAAAAUCCGAUGAGGAAAGACAGAGCCUACGGAAGGGAACCUGAGCACGGCGGCCACUACACAUCACGGCGCAUGCGGAUGGGGUAGCACGGACGGGUUUAAAGGAAGGCAGCGCAGAGCAACCCAUCAUGGCGGCUGCCCUCAGUUUUCCCGCCCAAGGGUCGCGGCGCGCGGCUCUCCGCCUGCCCCGAGUGCGCAUGCGCGGCUGCACGAGGCGCCGGCUCCGCGCACCACCGCCCGUUCCUGCCAUGUCGGAGCGGCUCGGCAAACCCACCUGCCUCCUCGUUGCCAGCGCUGCCGCCGCGGGGGUGUCAGCCCAGUCCUUCCUGCAGUGUUUCACGCUGAGCAGCUCUGCCUUCAACCUGCAAGUUGCCACUCCCGGGGGCAAGUCGAUUGAUUUUGUGGAUGUGAAUGAGAGCAACAUGCGCUGGAUACAGGACUUCCGUAUGAAGUCAUAUGCAAGCCCUGCCAAGCUGGAGUCAAUUGAUGGUGCUAGAUACCAUGCACUGCUGAUUCCAAACUGCCCAGGGGCUACGACUGACCUUGCAAACAGUGGGUACCUGGCAAAGAUAUUGCAGCACUUCUGCACAGAGAACAAGCCUAUCUGUGCUGUUGGACAUGGUGUUGCAGCUUUGUGUUGUGCCACCAAUGAGGAUAAAACCUGGGUAUUUCAGGGAUACAGCCUGACAGGGCCCUCUGUGUAUGAACUAAUAAGGCAGCCUAAUUUUGCCAGUUUGCCCAUUAUUGUGGAAGACUUUGUGAAAGAUUCUGGAGCUACGUUUAGCGCCAGCCAACCAGAUUCUGUACACGUUGUGCUGGACAGGCACUUGGUGACAGGACAGAAUGAAAAUUCCACCCUUCCAGCUGUCCAGAAUCUUCUUAUUCUUUGCAACGUCAGCAGGAAAUAAAGGAGAAGGUCUCUUUGCAAAUAGGAUGGAUGAAGAGCCAGCAGGCUAAGGACUCACUUGACUUUUAACUGGAUAAAACGUGUUUAAAUUUCUAUCCUGGACUAUGAAGUGACUGUGAUGUUGAAGUGGCAGUAUUAGGUUCUCUGUAUACAGAAUGGAGGAAUGUUGUGGGUAAGAGAAUUUGGAAGUGCAUCAUGCUUCAAAGCAAUUAUGAAACCACCUUGUUUGUUACUGCAUCUUCACUGCUCUCCAGACCCUUACCUUACAGUGAUAACUGGUGGUACCAGCAACUUACCUGUUUAAAACAAAGAACAAAAUAUCAGUGGCUAUGAAUGUUGUUCAUUGAGGAUGAAGACAGUGUUCUUGGCUGACAUCAUACCAAUCAUCAUUUCUAGUUCAAACACAAGAAUCCUCACACCGAUGUGUCCUUUCAGAGGUGUUCUUAACCUUCCUUCCUUUUUCAGUUACUGUCUGAAUUCAGAAUGCAUCUGUGACACUUCAGUAUGCUUGGAACAGGAUGGAAAAUGCUGAGCUGUGUGCAAUAAAGCAGGAUCAGUUGUCUGAA